UUAGUACAAGACGCACCUCACCCUUCACACAAACGCGUUAGCUCGAUACGAAUCUCAAACAUUUUUAUCUGCCCAACACAAACGAAUAUCUACUCUACUUCCACAAUGUAAAAUUACUUUUUACUCUAAUAAUACAGUUUUGACGAUAUAAUAUCAUCGCAUCGUAUCCGCUACACAAAUAUGAAUCUUAAUGCUGGGGAUUACGAGUUGAAUUGCAUAAAAUCUGUUUCCGUGCUAUAAAAGUAUGGUGCACUACAAUUUUCGAAUUCUGAUUGAUUGUAAUAGAAUCGAAAAUGGCUUGGUUGGAAUCGCGCGCGCAUUAGAUCGCAGUCGCAGAGAGGCAGUGUCGCGAAACGCGACCACGUUGCGAUAUAAAAGGAGUUUUGUUAAAAUUUCUUUAUCACACACCAACUGCCUGCACUCGCGCUCGGACACUCACCGGUCUAUCUUACACAAUGUCUGCCCGAUUAUUGGUGGCUCUUGUCUGUGUGUCCGAGCUGGUAGCGUUGAUCGCAGCCGGUGGUGGUGGCGGCGGCCACAAGAAGGUCAUCAUUCACGUUCCGCUGUUCGUGAAGCACCAUCAUCACAAGCACACCAUUGUGAAGCACAUUCACCACAAGAGCGGCGGCGGCGGUGGUGAUGACCACUAUGAGGUCCUCGGAUACACCUACGGGGAACCGAAACCAGCUCCUCAUUUCGGAGGAGGUCACGGUUGGGGUGCUGCUGAGGAAACACAAGCGGAAGGUGGAUAUGGGGACUCCCCUGUAAGCUUCGAAGGUGGAGCUGGAGACCACACAGGGUAUGCACUAUCAGGCGGAGAGGAUGAACAUUUUGGAGGGGAUGAAGGUCUUGGGGGCUACUAAACAAAAACACAGUAUAUUUAUAGCAAGUUGUACCAAAGUGUUGAUCAGGCAAGCUCCAAGCGCUGUCACAUUUUGGGUACAUUAAAUCAGUACAAAUGAUAACAGAUUUUGUGAUUUCGAAUUUAGUAUUAACUCGAUGUAGGAGGACUGGAUCCUAUGCAUAAUCCUCAUUAUAUUUACAUCGUUGUGUAAGUUUGUUAUGUUCGUUUUACAGUGAGACUGUAGCCUAUAAUCCGUCUGAUUGUGUAUUAGCUUUAGCCCAUAUCUAGAUUUAAGAAACUAUUGUUGUGAAGUAUAUCCCAUGUAAAAGGGGCAUUGUUAUUAAUAUUAUAUUCGAUGUUUAUUUAAAGUAUUAUCAUCUG